AUGUUGCUCCAGCGCAUUUUAUCCGCGCGUCGCGUGACACUGACCCGCGCUGUGAUCGCUCGUACUACGGCCACAUCAUGUACUUAUGCGCCGACAGAUGCUUUUGUUCACCGUCACCUUGGGGUGUCCUCCGAGAAGGAUCGCAAGACUAUGUUGGCCACUUUAGGCUUUGACACUGUCGAAGACCUCGUUGCUGCUACAGUGCCGGCUGAAAUUCGGCUGCAUAAGCCACUAAAUCUACCACCACCGCUGAGCGAGAGCGAAGCUCUUGCGAAAUUGAAAAAGAUAGCAGCAAAAAAUCAAACGCUCAAGUCUUUUAUUGGUAUGGGAUUUCAUGACACACUUACGCCUGCACCAAUUGUGCGUCACAUCCUCGAAAACCCAGGAUGGUACACGAGUUACACUCCGUACCAGGCUGAAGUGUCGCAAGGUCGUCUUGAAAUGCUGCUUAACUUUCAAACGAUGAUCUUAGAUCUAACUGGACUCGAGUUUGCGAAUGCUUCGCUGUUAGAUGAAGCAACCGCCGCCGCUGAAGCCAUGGCAUUAGCCCACGGUAAUUUUAACGGCAAACGUGCGAAAUUUUUUGUCGAUCAGGACGUUCAUCCGCAAACCAUUGGAAUGAUGCAUACACGAGCUGAAAAUGUCGGAAUUGAGCUGGUUGUAGGGAAUCUGAAGACUGAUCUCGACCUUAAAGAUGAGGGAUACAGUGGUGUGUUGUUACAAUACCCCACUACGUUCGGUGCUGUGAACGAUUACCGUGAUUUUGUUAUCAACGCGCAUAAAUCGAAAUUUGUGGUUGCUGUUGCUACUGAUCCAUUGAGUCUGACUCACCUUACGCCACCUGGUGAGUGGGGCGCUGAUAUUGCUCUUGGUUCGGCCCAGCGCUUUGGUGUUCCGAUGAUGUUUGGUGGUCCCCAUGCUGCUUUCUUAGCCACAACCAAGAAAUAUUAUCGUAAAAUGCCUGGCCGCAUUAUCGGUGUCUCAGUAGAUUCGCGUGGUGAACCGGCUGUGCGUAUGGCCAUGCAGACUCGAGAGCAACAUAUUCGCCGGGACAAGGCUACAAGCAAUAUUUGUACGGCUCAGGCACUGCUGGCUAAUAUGGCCGCUGCUUAUGCUAUUUAUCACGGACCAGUAGGUCUGAAAAAUAUAGCGUCGCGUGUUAACUUUUACGCGGCGACACUGGCGGCUGGUUUAGAAAAGUUCGCACCUCAAUGUAAAGUACUAAAUGAUGCGUUUUUCGACACAUUGGAGAUCGACGUGUCCCAGUCUGGCACUUUUGCGAAUGAUGUGGCAGCCAAAGCGACGAAACGUGGCGUGAACAUUCGUGUGAUUGAUGACAAACGCGUUGGUGUUUCCAUGGGUGAAAGUGUCACCUUGAAAGACGUAGAACAGUUGUUACUGGCAUUUGGCGCUUCGGAGAAGGAUGUAUCGAAAAAUAUAAGUGAGUCUCUCUGUUCUCGUGCAGAAGAGAUUCAAAAGCAGAGCAUUCCCGAAGGUCUGCGGCGAACGUCGUCGUAUCUAGAGCACGAAAUCUUUCAUAAGUACCGCUCGGAGACGGAACUUACCCGUUAUCUAAAGCAGCUAGAAGACAAGGAUCUGGCACUGAAUCACUCAAUGAUCUCACUGGGAAGCUGCACCAUGAAGCUUAACGCCGUGUCGGAGCUGGCGCCGAUUUCGUGGCCGGAAUUUACCAACGUGCAUCCGUUUGUACCUGCAAAUCAGAGCGCCGGAUAUCACGAGCUUAUUGAAUCGCUCAAUCAUUCACUUGCUGUUAUAACGGGCUUUAGCGCUGUGUCUACGCAGCCACAAAGCGGCGCUCAGGGCGAAUACGCUGGUCUGUUGACGAUCCGCAAUUACCAGCGAUCAAUCGGCCAGGGCCAUCGAAACGUGUGCCUCAUCCCCGUGUCAGCACACGGUACGAAUCCAGCCAGUGCUGUCAUGGCAGGAAUGAAGGUAGUCGUCAUCAAAUCGGAUGAGAAUGGCCACGUGGAUCGUGAAGAUCUUGCUGCCAAAGCAGCUGAACACUCCGCCAAUUUAAGCGCUAUUAUGAUCACGUACCCAUCGACAUUUGGUGUAUUCGAGCCUGGUAUUAAGGAUAUGCUAGACCUCAUCCACUCGCACGGAGCUCAAGUGUAUAUGGAUGGCGCAAACAUGAAUGCGCAAGUGGCCCUGUGCAAUCCAGCAGGCAUUGGUGCUGAUGUUUGCCACUUAAACCUGCACAAAACCUUCUGUAUUCCUCACGGUGGCGGUGGCCCCGGUGUUGGUUCUAUCGGCGUCGCUGCACACUUAGCCCCGUUUCUACCGGGUCAUGCUGUAAUGCCUACCGGUGGUGAGGGUGAACACACAGUUAAGAAGACAACUUCGGCUGUCAGUGGGUCGCCUUUUGGCAGUGCAGGUAUUUUGCCGAUUCCUUGGAUGUACAUCAAUAUGCUGGGCGAGGACGGCUUAAAGCAGGCUACAUAUACAGCUAUUUUGAACGCAAACUACAUGGCCAAGAAACUCGAAAACCACUAUGAAGUAGUCUACCGAAGUGCUAACGGAACAUGCGCGCACGAGUUCAUAAUCGAUAUACGCCCUUUUAAGGAGCUGGGUAUUGUAGAAGAGGACGUGGCCAAGCGUUUACAAGACUUUGGCUUCCAUAGCCCGACUAUGUCGUGGCCUGUACCCGGCACGCUCAUGAUUGAGCCAACGGAGAGUGAAAGUAAAGCUGAGAUGGAUCGAUUUUGUGAUGCGUUAGCGAUAAUCCGUCACGAGAUCGAAGACGUCGCCACAGGUGUUAUUGCUGUCGAAGAUUCGCCUUUGAAACAUGCACCACACACAGUGGACCAGGUUGCGGCUGAUGUGUGGAAUCGUAAAUACUCACGUGAACAAGCUGCAUUCCCUGCUCCGUGGCAACAAGGUGGCAAGAACAAAACGUAUUGGCCGACUGUGGGCCGCGUAGACAACGUGCAUGGUGACCGUCACCUUGUGUGUAGCUGUCCACCUCUUACCGACUAUGAGUAA